GCUAGCUGGGCGUGCAUGUUCUGCGCAUGCGUAAAUUCGUAAAAUUGAUUCUCGCCAUCUUGGAAAUUUUCUGCGCUGCCGAACAUCUGUCCAUCAGAAAAAAUUACACCAAAACAACGGAACGCCGCAUUUUAUAUUUGAAUGGAUCCAAGAGUGACUUGGUACCAACCUGAACAACUUGGUAGAGCCACUGAUCUCUGGACCCAGAUAUUCGACAGCGCAACAUUGACAGAAGAGCUGCAAAAUUUUCACGUUGGCGAUAGCAUGAGCAAAGGUGGGACUGGCAGCCCUUCCCCCAACUCUCGGAGCGGCGUAGGCACCCGAACUGCGCCAGAUUACAUUCCUUUGAACGGAGACAACGCAGCGCAUGCAAGGAAGAAGAAGGGAGCAAACGGUUUUAUAUUUGGUGACAGGCAGGACACUAUCAACAGAAAAAGAAAGGAUAAUCUAGCAAGCACAUACGACUGGAAUCAUUCUGGAAAAUUACGAAAUGGGGGAACGCCAUGGCGGAUGCCAAGCCAGCGGUACUGCGGAAUCGUCGGAUUACAUCAUGAGAUAAUCGACUUCUACCACUUCAUGCUGCCUCGUCAUGAGGAGCAUCAUAUGAGGAGAGAAGUGGUGCAGAGAAUACAAGGGAUUGUCAGAUCAAUAUGGCCAAAAGCAAAGGUUGAGAUCUAUGGGAGCACACGGACAAUGCUGUAUCUUCCUACUAGUGACAUUGACUUGGUCCUCUUUGGUGAUAUUGGUGAAAGUCCAUUCUUCAGACUUGGCAAUGAGCUGGAGAAAAGUGGAAUCGCUGAGCAAGGAAGCAUCAAAGUGUUGGAUAAAGCCUCAGUUCCCAUAGUGAAGUUGACAGAUAAUGUCACUAAAGUACGUGUUGACAUUAGCUUCAACAUGCAAACAGGGACUGACUGUGCCAAGCUCAUUGAGGAGUUUAUAUGUCAGUUUCCUAGCCUGCCUUUCAUGGUGUUUGUACUCAAGCAGUUCCUUCUUCAGAGAGACCUCAAUGAAGUAUGGACAGGUGGUAUCAGCUCGUACAGCCUCAUCCUCAUGAUCGUCAGUUUCCUCCAGUUACACGCACCGCCCGAGCCUGAGAACCUUGGCGUACUCCUGAUCGAGUUCUUUGAGCUGUACGGGAAUAGCUUCAACUACUUCAAGACAGGCAUCAGCGUGACUGAAGGGGGCUACUACUUCUCCAAGGAGGAUGCCCAGAGGAAAAUGACUCAGGGAUACAGGACAUCUAUGCUCUGUAUUGAGGAUCCACUCAACCCAGGUCAGGACAUCACCAAGAACUCGUAUGGGUUCAUGUCGGUCAAGCAGGCCUUCCACUAUGCCUACAGGGUUCUUUGUCAAGCUGCAAUACCUCAUAUAGACCAGGAGGAUGAGACAGACAGUAUCCUUGCUCGUAUCAUCCGUGUGACAGACGAGGUGGUUACCUAUCGUCAGUGGGUCCAGCAACAUUGGUAUCACAAGGUAGCUAACCUUAUACCUCCAGCCAUGAUACCAAGCAUGCAUUACCUUCAUAUGGUUGCUAUGAAUCAACUACCACUCCCAGACAACACUGCCAUCAGGAUAGACAACCAAGGCAACCAAGCACAGCAGCAACAGCAACAACAGAAACAUGCCAACAACAAUAAUAACCCCACAACUCUCAAUAACAAUAAUUUGAGUGCAAGGACUACCACGCCCACCACAAGUUGUUCCUCCCCUUCCCCCAUCCCCUCGGAGGAAGGGGUUGUGGACAAGAGUGUUACCCUGGCUGGCCAGGGUUUGAAUGAACUCAGGACAGUGUCAACCACCACCACCACCACGACUACCACCAUCACCACAAGCACCCCUACCAGGUUGCAACAACUUCCAGUGCACCAGCAGGUGCAGCUGAGCCCGGAGAGCCCUCCUGUAAUAGGGAUGCCUUCCAGUCCUGAAUCGGAUGCCAACUCUACUGGAAUGUUAUCUUCACCUUCAUCUCAAGACGAUCUUUCAAGCUGCAGUGAUGCGGAAUCUGAGCAUUCUACUGCUUCAUCAAAGGACAGCGGCGGAGAGAGCAUGAUGAAGACCACUCCUCCUCUACCCCUGCCUCCUCCUCCUGGACGUCAUAUCAAUGCCACCGUGACGGUAACCAGCUCCAGUAUGAUGACACCAUCUAUCAUCGUAUCAAGUUCAACAUCACAAAGGACAGCUACUCCACCUAUAAUCAAACCAUCCGCCGUACUGCUAGGGAGUGGUACCAACACCACCGUCACCGGGGCCGCCUCUAAGCCAAAGCCUGCCAACAAGGACGGGGAAGGCCCCAAGACGGUCAGCAUGAGCAGUUUAGUUGUGACGCACAAGGGCGAAGCACAGGCUGCACCAGCGACCUCGACCAUAUCCACCACGUCAUCGGCGGCGCCAGUCACGAAGGUGGUCCCGGUCACGACCACAGUGACGAGCAUUCAGCAACCUGUCACCUCAAGGACGUAUCGCAACAAGAGCCACCAGUAUAGCUCCCAGGGGCAGCAGAGCAGUGGCAAGUACCGCAAUUCGUCGGCGAGCAGCAGCUCAAACAACAACAAUACAACAGGGAAUGGCAAUGUCAGCGGGGGGAAGCGAUUAAAACGCAGGCAUAAACAGAACGGCGGUGCCGCGAAUCGAUGAUUGUUGCUUCAGAUGUAACAAAAACAUGAACCUACUUGUAUAAAAAGAAAAGAUGAAGGAAAUACUGAUCAAAGAACAUUGAGAAGAUUGAACAACUCUGUACAGUGUGAUGAUGAAUGUUGUGUACAAAGUAGGCAUCCAUCCAGUACACACUAGCAACACUGAAAUGGGAUCCACACUGCUCGUCUUUUUCUCUAGGUAUGUGUGGAAUCUGCUUUUUUAAUCGGUUGGUCACUGAGAGUAUGUUUUUAUAUUUUGUUACGUCUGUGUAUCAAGUCACCCAUUGAACUGUUUAUCUAUGUUCUGAAACAAGGCCAACAAAAUGGAAUAUGAACUGGGAACAAAUGGCCAGUCAUUGCUACCAUCAUAGAACUUCCAGACUUUGCUCAGUAUUUGUGGUAAUGAUGUACUGAAAACAUGAUUCAACAUUACCCUAAAUAUGCAUGUGCCUCGAGUAGUUCAAGUGAAUAUCACUCAAUUCUUUGCUGAUGUUGGCUUGUGUAAACUGAAUUAAUAUAGAAAUGUGCUCCGUUUUAGCUGCCUUAUGUAGGAAUUUUGUAACAGAAACGAAAAAGGAAAACUAUUGCAUUUAGAAUGAUGUCUCUUGGGAAUCUUUAAAAAAAAUAUCUGGAAGAGAGAAAAAUAGCCUCACAAAGAUGAUGUUAAUUUUGUUAUUGGUCUUUUAGGUAGUUUCUUUAAUUUUCAGUUAAGAAGAAUUCUAUUUGACCCAAGCACAAUGUAAAACUGCUGAGGCACAGCAUCAUCAACUCAGCACUCAAACUGUUCUUGACAGAGGAGCUUUCGAUGUGCCCUGCUACUUAAUAAGAUAUAGAGGGUAAUAUUUUCUGUGGCUUGAUGCGGCAUUCGUCACGGGCAACGACUUAUGGGAGAAGUAGGAGAGCAGAGAUCCUUCACUGUUCUUGUUAUCUGAUGAUAGAUGAUUACAUAGUCCAACCUAUCUUCAACACAGAUUUGAGAUGUUGUUAGCUUGGAUGCAAUAUUAUCACAGUAAAGUACAUCUGUCCUGACAUUCGGUUCAUUUCAGAGACUCCAUGUAAAACAAGUUGGUCAAUGAUUUUUGUGUAUAUUACAUGCCACUGAUUGUAUAUUUUUGUCCAAAAAAAGUGCAACAUACAACUGAUUCUCGAAGUUCAAAUAUUUUUUUUCUGUUUAUUUUCUUAUCUUGCAGGGUCAGGAAAAAAAAAUCAGACAAAAAAUGAUGUGUAUAAAUAACUAUGAACAUUGUUUAAGUUGCAUGUGAAGAGUUGUACAGUAUUCCUCGUUCAUUAUGUUAGUGCAUAGGACAAGUAUGUCGAUAAGGGGUGUAGUGAAACAUUGUCAUUCACUCGUACAUGGAAGAUACUUUCCUUCAUGUCAAAUCUGGAAACAUUGUUUUGAUGACAAAUUUCGGUCUAUUAUUCAUACUUGUAAAUGUGAUUAUCUAUUUUGUUUGGUACAUGUCACAUCCCACACACAGAAUCUUUCAGCUUUUUUCUAAAAAGGAGGUAUGUGGUAAUUGUGGUUGUGUUUUAUCAUCGCCUCGCAUUUUGAAAGGAAUGAAAAGGGAAUGUACGAUUAUGAAGGGAAGUAUGUAAGAUAUUUAUGCAAGGCAAGAGAAUGAUUCAUGUAAAUGUUCAUUAUAUUUUUUACCUUGAGAUACUUAUUUUUUUGUGAUUGUUUUGUAUGCAAACAAGUGAAAUUCAUAUUUUUGUUGUAUUUUUGUCUUCAUUGCUAUAUUUUUUGUCUCACACAAAGUUUUAUAUACCAAAGUGCUCAAAUAGCUCCAGCCUUUGUCAGGCAAACGUAUUUAUAGGAUGUUCAUGUCUUUUUAUUUUUAUUUUGUUGUUGAUGGGAAUGGGUUGAGUUUUUUCCUUUUUUUUCUUUUUCUUUACUCAUUUUGUAUUACAGGAGUUACAACCUAAAAGCUGAAAAAUCUAGAUGGUCAAUCCCAUUAUUCCCGUAGUAAUCUUUGUUUACUUGUCUGUUCUGAUUUACUGCCAUGUUUUGAAAAGAAAUCAUAGACUCCAUUGCUGUUUAUUUUGAUUGUGAUAUCAAACUCAUUUCACAAACAUCUCAUUAACUUGGAAGCUUCUUUCUUUUUGGAAGAUCAAACAAAAUAUUAACCAUUUGAAAGAUUUUGUGUUUUGUAAUCGAUAGAUCUUGAUCUAAACACUGUUUUUGGUAUAGCGAUAUCUUUUUAAAUUUCCUUUCUGAGAUUAAUGGGACCAUCUAAACUGGGAAAUCUUUCCAGUCCUAACCAUUGUGUAUACACGAUAAAGAGAUGGGGAAAGUGAAGAAAAACAGCAAUGUAAUUCCAAACUCAAGGUGUAAUUGCUUAAGACCUAACAUUACCAUGCAAUAAGUAUCACAAUUAUGACUGUCAGAUUAGAGUCGUUAUGACAAAGAUAGUGCAAUAACAACUUUGCCAUUAUUAGAAAAGUGAUGACUGUAUUAUGUAUUCAUCUCCAGGGCGUGUACACCACCUUGCCCUGUGUUUUACAGUGCUUCAAUUAGAUGCAAACAUAAGACUGCUCAAUGGAUGGGCAGUAUACCCAUACAACUGUACGUACCCAUAUGCAAUGCCAAAUAACACUGGAAACUGUUGAGAACUGAAGCAUGCAUUUUGCGUUGCUGUAGACAAGGAUGCCAAUCUGAAUGCAAUAUCCCAGUGACACCCACAAUGGUAUAAUCUGUUUAUCAUGUCCAGGAAAGCUUGUUGUAGCAGGAAAUUUUAUUUUUGUGAAGUGAUUUGCAAGGAAGAGAAACUUGGUGCUGUUGAUGAAGGCAGUGUACGACAUUGCCACGGUGCAAUAGCCUCUCAAAUCUCAAUGUCGAUACCUAUGACCCUUGAGGUCAAGCAAGAGUCAUUUAAAGUUUUGAAUUUCUUUCCGGCAGAGAGGAACUCUGUUUUUUGUUUGUUGAUCUGGCAAGGAAAAAAUUUCUGAAAAUUCUUUGAGAAGAUGUAAGUUUGUUCCCCAAAUCAUCAAGUGGUUGUUCUUGCAAUCACAGAUAUGUGUUGGGACUUGGGAAGUGCUUUGUUCAAUCAAUGGGACAUCUUUGCAAAUGCCCAAUUCUCAUGUGGACUUUUUGUAGUUAAUAUGCAUGGUGGCAAAUACACCUACAUGUAACACAUCAAACACCACAGAUACUUUUAGAACAUGAAAGGUGUUUCCAGCAGAGUAGCUACAAACAAAUCCACAUAACAAUUUUGAACAAAGAUAGAUUUAAGGUAGAUAGACUGACCAUUGGCAACCCCCCCCCCCCCCCCAAUUUUGUCCUGAAAUGAUGUGUUAUCUUCUUGACAUUCCAUAAUGUACGUUACAUCAUCCUGUCAGUCAUGUUAUCAUUAGAGUUUCUAAAUCGAAACCCCGUUAUACUGAAAUACAUUACAUCUACCAAUCCAUCCAUCCAAAGUAGAACAUCAAUCCGGCACAUCUGUCAUCAGACCCAAUAAUUAAGCUACAAACAAAAGAGUCGGGUGUCUUAUUUCAAUUUUGUAUAAAGUGUAUGACAAUCUUUGAGUGUCCUGUAAUGAUAUUCUUUCUUUUUAUGUAUGCACAUGAAAGUCUUGCACCUCGCUGGAUGAUCUAGCAUAAAAAGAAUAUUUUCAAAUACAUCUAUUACCCGGGUAACACAUCCCUCACUUCAUGGAAAACAACCCCCUAUAAAGCACUUUUCAGUAUUUUUUAAACAUUUUUUUGGAGGAGAAAGAGAUAAGUUGUCUUUUAAUUACUGACUUUCUUCCGUGGUUGAAUGUUCUUUAUACUUGUGUACAAAUCACCUAUACUUCCAAUCUUUUCUAUGAUUGUUUAAUACAAAAUGUUGGAUGAAAGUGAUGAUGGUAAUUAUGAUGUUGAUAUGAUGGUGUGUGAGAUAUUGAUGAUGAUAAUGAUGUUAAAUGAAGUGAUCACCAUGACUGAUUUAGUGAUAAUGAUGCCUUAAGCAUGUAAUUGACAUUGUCGGUUACAAUAACCCUCUUAAUUGAUUUUGUUGAAACGUGUAUGUGACAGUUAUUUCCUUUUUCAUAUAAUUUGCAAUAUUUUUUGACAACAGUUCCUUGAUAAUGUCUGUAGUAGUUUACAUUGAGGAAGAUCAAUUGCUGGACAAUUUUUAUGUAAUAGUAUGUGCUCAUAUCAAGCACAUACAUACUGCAAGUGUUGAGUAAUACUUCUGUGCAUGUUUUUGUAAUGCAUUUUAUCAUAUGGGAAAAAACAUCAAGAACAUGGAAUUUAUCACCCAUUAUACUUGUAUUGCACAGUAGGUUUCUUCAUCAUGGAUUGAGUGACACUAAAAAUAUUUGUACCGGUAGUCAAGAUCGGCAUGAACAUAUAGGUGCACGUUAUAUUUGACAUUUACAGUAUUUCAACUCAGAUCAAACUACCCAGCACAUCACUCCUUACUUUAACAGGAGUGACUUUUUUUUGCUUACCGUAUAUGGACUUCUAUGGUACUUAUUAUUUGAAUCAUUCAUCAAUUUUACUUUCAGAAAAAUAUUAUUUUAUGCGACAUUUCCCCCCUUUUUUUUAUCCACCCUUUUUUUUAUCCACCAUUACCUUUAAAAAGAAAACAUUUAAUCUUUUGUUAACCAUAUAUUCUGAUUUCAUAGUACUAUUUUUUUUUUUUUUUGCAUUGAAGGUACCAAAACAAGUAAUCACUAUUUGUUGACAGAUUUAUUCCAUUGUCGUUGGGGUAAACGCAAUGCCAGAAUAUGUCUUUGAGAUAUUGAGGUUUCUUAGGAGAGUUUACUGACUUAAUAAUCCUACCAUUCAUGCCUUUUGUUGUUCAUUGUUCAAAGUUUCUGUAUAAUUUGUUUAUGUAAGUAACUAGCUCUGUGUCGGCACAGGGCUUAAAAAUUGACCAGAUGUAAAGAUUUUUUUCCUGUAUAUUAGAAAGAAAAAAAUGUAAAAAGUAAAACAAAAAAUUAUGAAGAAAAAAAAAGCAAAAAUAAAUAUUUUAUCCUUGCAUUUAAUGUACACAAGUUAUUUAAGUUUUCAGAUCAGUCAAAAAAAAA